UUUGUGCGUCAGCCAUGCACAGCUGAUUUGUUACCGCUGUAGUCUUUGUUUAAUAGUCUAGACUCUAGUAAUCUUAUCAAUUGCGUGUUUGUGUUUUGAUUAAAAUUAGGUAACCACUAACUACAAAAUAAUGAAUAAUUGUCGACACUUAAUACGUUUGUACAGUAGGCCACUCCUUUUACCAUCAAUUUGGAAAAGAGCUAAGGGGUACAAAGUUGUUAAGCGUCCAGAUCCUAAAACCUUAAAAAUGCCUUCAUUAGCAGACGCACCGAGUUUGAUGGAUAUUAUUAAAGAGAAAAUUCGCCUAAACGGGCCUCUUACUGUCGCUGAAUACAUGCAUAUUGUAAUCACUAAUCCUACAGAAGGUUAUUAUAUGAAAAAGGACGUAAUCAGUGAAGCCGGAGACUUUAUAACCUCACCAGAAAUAAGCCAAAUGUUUGGUGAAAUAUUAGCAUUAUGGUUUUAUUCUGAAACCAGUAAAAUGGGUACUGGAAAACCCCUUCAAAUUGUUGAACUGGGCCCAGGAAAUGGCACUUUGAUGAUAGAUUUUUUAAGGGUCCUCAAUAGAUUGAAUUAUAAGCCAAAUGAUUUAUCACUACAUCUUGUGGAGAUUUCAUCAACAAUGCAGUUAGUUCAGGCAAACAGAUUGUGUGCUAAACAUAAUGAAUGUGAUAUUGAAUCGCCAUAUAAUCGGGAGGGUCAAACAGUAAGUGGAAUAAAAAUAUAUUGGUAUAAUGACUUGAAGAAGGUACCAUUAAAUUUUUCAUGGUAUAUAGCUCAUGAGUUCUUUGAUGUGCUGCCAAUUCACAAGUUUGAACACACUGAAAAUGGUUGGCGUGAAUUAUUGAUAGACAUGGAUGAGAAUCAGAAAUUAUACUACAGAAUAUCAGGUGAAGAGACACCCAGUGCUAAGUUACUGAUACGACCACCUCUACAAGCUGAUAGGACAGAGCUUGAAAUCAGUCCCAGAGCACUGGGAAUUGCCAGACAAUUGGCUGAGCGGGUUGAUGUACAUGGGGGCUUAGUUCUGAUAGCAGAUUAUGGACAUGAAGGUGAAAAGGGGGACACUUUUAGGGCGUUUCAUAAACACAAAGUGGUACAUCCAUUGGAGAACCCAGGCCAGUCAGAUUUGACAGCAGAUGUAGACUUCAGUCAGCUUCGAAUUGCUGCAUCUAAAACUCCUGGAGUAGAUAACUACGCAAUUGUCAUGGGGCCUGUGAAGCAGAAGGAGUUUCUAGAACGAAUGCAAGCUAAAGUCAGAUUAGAGAUGCUUUUAAAAAAUAUGCAGAGUGACGAACAAAAGGAAAAAUUAAAAGCAGCAUUCAGUAUGUUGGUUGAUCCACAGAAAAUGGGAGAAAGGUUCAAGUUUAUGGCGUUCUACCCAUCAGCUAUGACAGAAAUAUUAGAUAAACAUCCUCCGGUUGGGUUUGCAGAUCUAAGUAAAUAAACAGAUUAAUUUUAUAAGGAAACAUAUUUUGUACCAAAUACAGUAUAGAAUUUUCAGCAGCACAUUUUAUGUUAAUACUUAUUUGUAAAUAGAUUUAUCUUACGUUAUUAAAGCCAUACCAGAGACAUAA